UGCAAGCUUAACUACUUUAAGAGAAAAUUUUUAAUUUUUUUAAGUAUUGAAAACUCAAGAUUUUAUAAUGAAGUAUAAAGUGGUACUUUUUGUAUUUUUAAAAAUUACAAUUUGUUGUACGAUAUCGUCAGCUUCGACGGAUAUAAAUCGACCCAAGAAACCUGAAUUUAUAAAACAUCUAUUAAUUGAAGGACAAAAGGUUGAUCAUGAUCAAAAUAUUUCUCUGUGGUCUAGAAAUGAAAAUUCAAGACUCCGAUCAGCAAUAAAAAUUGGCAAAAUCUGCUUAGAAGAUCGUGAUUGCAAAUGGAAUGAUAACAACGAACUUAUUUGCAUCUUUCGAGAUAUGAAUAAAAAAAUUGGAAAGUGUGGGUGUCCAGAAAGGAGUAAAUUUAACAGGAACACAUUGUCUUGUACGAUACAGAGGUACAAAAGAAAUUAUCCGGGUUGUACUGAUUGUCACAAUGCUAAUGAAUUUUUUUUAAAUGGCACAUGUGUGCCCGGUAUUGGAGCAAAAUGUCCAGAAGGAUCUGAAUGCCCAGCGAAAAAUAGUAAAUGUGAACACGGGAUUUGUCAGUGUCUAUCUGGAUAUGAGAGCGUUAAUCAAUCUUAUUGUGAGCUAAAGCAAUGUAAAGAAGAUUACGAUGUCUGUGACCCUAAUCUGUACUUUCCGUGCUGUAGUGACGACAUGCAAUGCAUUAAUGUAAACCCUGAACUACAAAAUCCACGCUAUAAAUGUGUAAAAGAAAACUUCUUAGGCGACUCUUGUGAUAACAAUUUAGACUGCAUGGGGAUAAACCACGCCAAAUGUGCGGAGGAUAGAACGUGUAUUUGCAAGAACUUUGCCUUAGAAUAUGAUAAUGUUUGUUUGGAUAAACUUUAUUCCGAGAAAUUGGCCCCGAAAUAUGAAAAUUUAUUUCAAUAUGAUGGUAAUAUAAAUAGAUACAAAAGAAUGGACGACAAAAUAACUCUAACAGAUUUCUCAAAAAAAUCGGAUACGAUAUAUGGGGAGUGGUGCUCUACGGCUAAAGGCUGUCAAUUCGAAGAUUACCGAAAUGUUAUUUGUCAUAAGUUCGUCAAAGAUAGUUCAAUGAAUUUUUGUACAUGCCCGACGGGAACUAAUUAUGAUUAUGUUAAAAAAACAUGCACCGAAGAAAGACAUUCGGAAUUAAUAAAAAUUGAAAAGCAAAAAUAUUAUGAGAGAAAUCACAUUCAAAUAAGUGGAAAAUGGUACUCAAUAUAUUUAGGAAAUUGCAGUACAAAUACUGAUUGCGAAAAAUUGACAAAUGGUGUUUGCGAAGAUAAAAACUGCGUUUGUAAAAAAAAUUGGGAACUUAUAAAUGAAACCUUUUGUGAAUUUCCAAUCGAUAAGAUACAUACCCGGUGUGAAUUCAACAAUUUAUCUUGUAGAAAUAAAGAGGACUGCUUUCUAGAAAAUUCGAUUUGUAACAAUACGUUUUGCGACUGCGGUGAAGAAGAUUAUUAUCAAAACGGACAAUGUAUCUCCCGAAAAUAUGGUGUCGGUUCGCCGUGCGAAUGUGAGAAAUUAUGCACAGGUCUCAAAUAUGGAGUAUGUAGAAACGACAAAUGUGAGUGUGAAAAAAACUAUGUGGCAAAGAUUGGAAGGUGCGCUGGAAAACACGGUCAAUCAUGUGACGAUUCUGAUGAUUGCUUUGCAGACAACGCAAUGUGCAGAAACAAAACAUGCGAUUGCAAAGAUAGCUUUUUUCGUUCGGGAGAUCACUGUGUCAUAGGGGCAAUAACUUUAGGCUCUAAGUGCUCGCUGGAAGAAACAUGUCGAAGUAUUAAGUACAGUGAAUGCAAGGAUGGGACAUGUCAAUGUAAAAACGGUUAUGAAAAAUUGAAUAAUGAGUGCCGAGCACUUAUUAAGAAGCCUUGUGAUGUUCGUGGGGAUUGCUAUGCAGAAAAUGCUGACUGUAUUGAAAAAAAAUGUAGUUGCGGAAAUGAUUAUUAUUAUCUUGAAAAAAAUUGUCACGAAAUGACAAGAGCGUUAAACGAUUCAUGUUUACGUGAUGAAGCAUGUCAAAAAAUAAAAAAUUCGAAAUGCAAGGAUGGAAAAUGUCAAUGUCUUUAUAAUUACAAGGAAAGAGAUGGAAAUUGUCUUGGGUUGGACCAGGCUCCUUGCAAAAUUCCAAAAAACUGUUUCGCGAAAAAUGCCUCUUGUAAGAAUAAGAAGUGCAGUUGUCUAGAUCGAUUUUAUUAUGAAGAUGAUCACUGCUACAAAAAAGCUAUAAGGAUCGGCGAUGCGUGUCAUAGUCAAAUAGCAUGCGAGGAAAUAAAAAAUACUGAAUGCAAGAGUGGAAAAUGUCAAUGUCUUUCUAAUUACAAGGAAAAAAAUGGAAAUUGUCUCGGAUUGCAUCAAGCUUCUUGUGAAACUUCAAAAGAUUGUUUUUCCAAAAAUGCCACUUGUAAGAAUAAAAAGUGCGAUUGUCUGGAUCCAUUUUAUUAUGAAGAUUAUCACUGCUACAAAAAAGCUAAAGGGAUCGGCGAUGCGUGUCUUAGUCAAAUAGCAUGUAAGGAAAUAAAAAAUACUGAAUGCAAGGAUGGAAAAUGUCAAUGUCUUUCUAAUUACAAGAUAAAAGAUGGAAAUUGUCUUGGGUUGGACCAGGCUCCUUGUGAAAUUCCAGAAGACUGUUUCGCGAAAAAUGCCACUUGUAAAAGUAAAAAGUGCGAGUGUCCUGACCGAUUUCAUUAUGAAGAUGAACAUUGCUAUGAGAAUGAUAAACUUCCCGACAAUGCGUGUGGUACUUCUGGAACAUGUAAGAAAAAAAAUACCGAAUGCAAGAAUGAAAAAUGUCAAUGUCUUCCUAAUUACAAGGAAAUGGAUGGAAAUUGUCUCGGAUUGCAUCAAGCUUCUUGUGAAACUUCAAAAGAUUGUUUUUCCAAAAAUGCCACUUGUAAGAAUAAAAAGUGCGAUUGUCUGGAUCCAUUUUAUUAUGAAGAUUAUCACUGCUACAAAAAAGCUCAAGGGAUCGGCGAUGCGUGUCUUAGUCAAAUAGCAUGUAAGGAAAUAAAAAAUACUGAAUGCAAGGAUGGAAAAUGUCAAUGUCUUUCUAAUUACAAGAUAAAAGAUGGAAAUUGUCUUGGGUUGGACCAGGCUCCUUGUGAAAUUCCAGACGACUGUUUCGCGAAAAAUGCCACUUGUAAAAGUAAAAAGUGCGAGUGUCCUGACCGAUUUCAUUAUGAAGAUGAACAUUGCUACGAAAAUGAUAAACGUACCUAA